AGUUGAAAGAAUUUUACUUGAUCGCUCAGACCCUCCCUAGUGUCUAACUGUUAUCAGAUCCUCGUUUCCUCUUAUCAGAUCCUUCCGCCCUUUCCCUCUCCAUCUUUCGAUCUUGAUGGAAAUACUGGAUAAACGGCAUCGUCCUUCCAUGAUUUGAGACUUUGAUUCCUCUUCAAAAAGUUGGCUUUCCUCUCCUCUUGUUGCAGUGCGCAAUUGUAACUUCACAAUCUCUUAAAGAAACAGAAAAUACAACAAGAAUUAUAGCGAAGAUGACUGCUAGCGUUUUCUCGGUACCAGUAUUCUUCGUCGUAUUUCGAGAGUCUUUAGAGACGGUCGUCAUCGUUUCCGUUCUUCUUGCAUUCAUCAAGCAGAGUUUGGGCAAUUCUGAUCAAGAUGCGACAUUGCGCAAGAAGCUGUUUCGACAGGUCAUUUGGGGAGCUCUAUCAGGACUUCUCCUAUGCUUGAUCAUCGGCGGUGGUUUGAUUGGGGCUUUCUAUGGAAUUGGUAAAGAUGCCUGGUCCACUACCGAAUACUAUUGGGAAGGCUCAUUUGCUAUUGUCGCCUCUGUCAUCAUCACUCUGAUGGGAGCUGCGCUACUCCGUGUGUCCAAAAUGAAGGAAAAGUGGACGGUUAAGCUUCGUCAACAUCUAGAGCCAUCAGAAGAUACAAGAAAACGAAGAUGGUAUGCUAGUUGGCUUGACUUCAAGAAAUGGGGAGAGAGGCACUUCAUGUUUGUUCUUCCCUUCAUUACUGUUCUUAGAGAAGGACUUGAGGCCGUUGUCUUUGUGGCAGGUGUUUCUUUCUCUACGCCUGCAACAAGUAUCCCACUCCCAGUCGUUAUUGGACUGAUUGCUGGAUUAGCAGCAGGAUAUGUCAUCUACAAAGGUGGAGCAACAUCGAAACUUCAAUUCUUCUUGGUUAUAUCAACAUGUCUCUUAUAUCUUGUGGCUGCCGGUCUUUUCUCAAGAGCAGUCUGGUUCUUCCAAGCACAGAGUUGGAAUGAUGCUACCGGAGGCGACGCAGCAGAGACUGGAGCAGGACCAGGUUCUUAUGAUAUUAGGCAGAGUGUGUGGCAUGUCAACUUUGGCAACCCUGAAUUAAAUGGUGGUGGCGGAUGGGGAAUCUUCAAUGCAAUUCUUGGCUGGCAGAACUCCGCAACCUAUGGCUCCGUCAUCUCAUACAACAUCUAUUGGCUUGUGGUCAUUGUUGGAUUCUUUCUAAUGAGAUAUAAGGAGGUUAAGGGCCAUCUUCCACUUGCACCAACACUGAGACCUUAUUUUGCACCCAUUACAGCUGUGAAGGGGCAUAUCGCAAACAUGAAGGAAAGGGCCAUCUACAAGGAUGAAAAGGUCACAUCGAGCGAUGAGGUUCAGAAAUAUAGAAGAACCAGCAGUGAAGCUUCAUCGGUGGCUAAGGAUCCCGAGAAGGCUAUAGAUACAGUAAGAGAGGUACCAGUCCGCACUAUUUCGGACUAGAUGGCCUAGCUGGUUCGGGAACAUAUAAAAGCCAUGUUGUGCAUGAAAUUUGGAUCUGGUAGCACUAGCUAAGUUCUCGGAUACAGACUUUUGCAAUGAUGAAGUUGAGAAAUAUUAAUGAAAUACUAAACCAUUUUCAGAGAUGAUGGAGCAUAUAAUUGAAAGCCU